AUGCCCCGCCGUAAUCUGAUCUUAUCGUGGCACCAGUGUGGCUUCGUCUUAAAACUUUCUUUCCACAAUCGGAACAGUCUCCGCCUUAGAUCUACAACUACGCGGGCUGCUUUGGGAAAGGAGGCAACGACCAUGGAAAAGGGCAUUCCUCUGAAGAGGGAGGAUGGGUUGCUUCUCAUCAUGGAUACGCCCAAAGGUCGAGGAGUCUUUGCUGGUAAAGAUAUACCAGCUCGUACGGUCAUUGAAGUAUCUCCGGCUUUGGUGCUGGAUCCAGUGGAGAAUAAAGAGCAUAUUGAGAAAACAGAUCUCUACAAUUAUACAUACAAUUGGCCUUACACACCGCCACUGUUGGAGAACGGGAAUGGUAAUGGAAACGGCCAUUUAAAUGGCUCAGGAAAACCUCCCUCGACAACUCAAGCCGUUAUUCUCGGUCUUGGAUCUAUGUUCAAUCAUUCCAACAAGCAGCAGAAUGUUGGAUGGGAACGUGACCUCACCCAUCUGCUCGUCACCUACACGGCACUGAGAGAUAUCAGAAAAGGAGAAGAACUCUGUAUCUCAUAUGGAUCACGGCUCACAUUCAAAGAUAUGGAUGGAGACGGUGAUUCUUUUGAAAUGGAACCAGAUGAUAUGGAGGAAUGGCUGAAUUACACAGACUUAAUUGACUGA